AAUCUCUAUUUGUCAACUGUCAUCUACCUCGUAAUUAUUAAAAAAAAAAUACCUACUUCAAAUUUUAUAAAAAUACUAAUGGACCGUAAAUGAUUGAUAGGAAAUUAAUUGCAUAUACCGACUAUGUCGGUAACGUUUGACCGUCAUACUAGCAUAUCGGCAUAUAAAUGUUUCUCAAAAGUUUGUGCAAAUCUAUCCUUUUUGGAGUACCCAUAGGCAUAACCUUCCUUGACACAGUGGGAUAUGUCGCACGAGUGGAAGGAAUUUCCAUGCAACCAGUUCUCAAUCCCGGAACCAAGAAUACCGAUUACGUAUUUUUGUCGCGAUGGUCAGUAAGAGAUUAUCAAGUUAAAAGAGGUGAUGUUAUCUCACUGGUGUCACCUAAAGACCCUAAUCAGAAGAUUAUAAAGCGAGUCGUAGCUCUGGAAGGUGAUGUUGUAAAUACACUUGGUUACAAGAAUCAAUAUGUAAAAAUCCCUGAAGGCCACUGUUGGGUUGAAGGUGAUCACACAGGUCAUACAUUGGAUAGCAACACAUUUGGUCCGGUAUCAUUAGGUCUGAUUAAUGCUAAAGCCCUUUGCAUAGUUUGGCCACCCAGCAGGUGGCAGAAUUUGGAAGCUAAGCUGCCAAACAACAGAACUCCUAUCAGUAAAUCAAUAUGAAUGUCUGUGUAUAUAUGUUUUGUAGAUAUACAUGUUGUAAUUAUUAUUUAUAAAUUCAAGUAGAAUGUUUGCAUUGCCCGAAUUCUAGUAGAUAGAUUUUUAAAGAAUUUAUAUUUGAAAUUAAUUUUGUUAGUUAUUAUUUAUGAAUAGUAUAUUAUUUUGGUGACAAUGAGAUAAGCUAAAUAAAGGUAUUAGUGCUUGGUA